UGGACCACAACACUGUCAUCACAAGCCUGACCUAUCAGAAACCGUUUCAGCCUAGUCACAUGGGAACAUCGACAGUCUGAUAGGCAGGCGGAAGGAUGAGAGAAGAACUAAUGGCACUUCACUGAAGGAGAGGCAAGACCGUGCGUAAACACUUAAGUUUACCACGCAGCUGCUGAACAUUGGAGGACCCUGGGCAAUAACAGAUUUCUUCGAGUGAAAACGAAAAAACAAAACCAGAAACGGAGAGAGCGGCAGGAAAAUUGGUUGUAUGGCACCUCAGUCGUGCGUAAUGAAUCCUGCGCAGGGAUCACCGCCCUUGGCUGCUCCGACGCAGACCUCACCAGAGGACCGAACCUCUGGUGGCAUUGGAACUGACGAGCUGGACCUGUCAUCUACCAGAAGGUGUAAAACCAAAAGUUUAAAUCUGCCUUUCAGUGUGGAAUCCCUCAUAUCAGACAGGACGCCGGACAGACGCCUCCACUCCCCCGAGCCUGCAGGCUGCGCCCGGGCAGAGGAGACCGAGUGUGCGUCACCGAGGGGACUUUAUCAGUCCAAUCCGGAGGCUGUGGACCUCAACGACAAGGAGACGAGCCCCUGGUUUCAGGCUUCUUACGCCUCCCCUCCAAGACAUCCCAGCCCGACCUCGUGUAAUCUACGGAAACACAAGAAUAACAGAAAACCCAGAACUCCCUUUACAACCUCUCAGCUGCUUUCUCUGGAGAGGAAGUUCCGUCAGAAACAGUACCUCUCCAUCGCAGAGAGAGCGGAGUUCUCCAACUCUCUCAGCCUCACAGAGACCCAGGUCAAGAUCUGGUUUCAGAACCGCAGGGCCAAGGCCAAAAGACUGCAGGAGGCCGAGCUGGAGAAGUUCAAGCUGGCCGCGAAGCCGCUGCUGCCGGCCUUCGCCUUUCCCUUCCCCCUGAGCGCACCCAUGGGCUCACCGUCCCUAUACGGGUCCCUGAACGGACCGAGGCCUGCCUUCACCGUCCCAGGACUAUUCAGUGGACCAUAUGGGAUGUACUACUUGUCUUAACCCUCACUACCUUUGAACUGCAUCGCUGGGAAAGCUGCCUUUUAAAAAUGCCUUAGCCUAUACAGCAAAUAACCAACACUGAAGAAAAUGUCCAUCUUGAGUCAACAUGUCUGAAAUCUUAUAUUAAUUCUUAUGUGAAGUAUUUUUCGAUAUAAUGAAACAUAUUUUUCACACAAUAGUUAUGCUAGUAGAACAAUCUCUUUUAAUAUAACCGCUUUAUUUAAGGAACACGCGGGACAAAACCAAGUGAAAUAUUUCACUCGAUUGGCUUUUUUUCUAUGAAUCAGAAUUUAAAAUUUACUUUACAGUAAAUGAUUUGUUAACAUGGUAAUUGUUGCAGUAUAUUCAGUAAAAUCCUCUUUUUUUUUGCAGAGCUCAUUUUCCGGACUAAUUGCUAGCCUAUUGUGAGCUUUUCCAUUCCAGUAGAGGUAUUCCAUAAAUAUUUUAGUCAAAGUGAAUUUAAUGUAACAAGAGAUACCGUGGUUAUUUAAAGGCCUAUAGCUUUGGGUUAAAGCAACAAUAACUGACGACUCACUGAAGUGAUUUCCAUGAAUGUGAAUGUUUUAUUUCCAUUCCAAAGGCCUUUACAUAUUUCUCACCUUAGAGGGACAAAUUUAGGGGUAUAGAAAACACUAAGGAGCAUAAACAUUUAUUCCACAUUUAUUUCUGCCCACUAAUAUAUAUAUAAAUAAAGACAAAAGGAAAAAGUUACCAAACAAGUGUGAUUUUUUGUAUUGUAGACCUACCUACAAUUAUAAUCAGAGGCUAUAAAGAGGAAAUUCAACAACAAAAAACACACAGUCCAUAAGUACAUCCAUAAUUAUAACUAGUUGGCCAUCUACAAUAGCUCAUAAUCAAUAACAAAAAUAGACUAGUGCCUUUUUAUCACCUUUGCAAUGAAAUCAAAUGUCCAAAAAAGUUUAUAGUUUUAUCUUUAAAAAUGGGUUUACCCUUUGGCAAUACCAGUGACCUUUUUCAUGUUAAUAUAAACCAUGAGACCUUUUAAGGUGAAUUUACUAUUUAAUAUCUAAACCACACAAUUUCUGUUUCUAACUUCUUAAUAAUUUUCCCAGUUUAAAAAAUAGAAAUCAGCUAUAUAAAUAUAAAAAGUGUAUUAUUUUUUUUUACAUUACCUCAAAAGGACAACUUCUUUGCACAUAUGUUCAAAGAGCUCUUAAUAGUCCAGUUGCAUUACUAAAUGUAAAUAAGUCAGCUAUUUUUGAAAACACUCAAAAUGCUAAACAUGACUGAUACUCACAUCAGUCAUCAAUGAACAGUGUAUUUUAUAUCUGAUGGGUGAAAAGAUGUUUUGUACAAUUAUUAAAAUCUAUUAUGUAAAUUCCGA